AUGCUUGGCAUAGUUAUAGAGGACCCAUUCCUCUUCACUCUUGUGACCAUCAUCUUCUCAGUCACAUUCGUUGCCACCCUCUACUGUGUCCUCCUUGCGUGGCUCAUCAGCGACAGUAUCUUCCACUCCUUCGACAUUCUUCGCCAAUUCUUGGAGCCUCACAUGUAUCCUGACACUACCUUCAUUCGCUGCAUCACCAAUCAGUACUUCUUUGUGGCAGACCCUCGCACGUGCUUCAAUGACCAUCUCAAAGUCAGCCUUGGGUCGAACGUGACCAUCCUCCUUGCUUCAGGCGAAGGGCAAUCUAAGGCCACUAGUGGGCCUGUCCACUCCAUUUGCUACUAUGAACAAGACUACAUCGUCUUCAAUGUCUACACCACAGAGCACCGCCCUCUCUACUGCAUCGCUCGUCUAGCUGUACCUUAUCACCUCUGCGACCUUCCUUUCGUGCAGUGCAGCAUCUAUCAUGCCCUCCACCCCAUCAGCUCGCAGACCAGCAAAGACUUUGUAGCAGCAUUCAUGGAGGUUACAUCAUCCAGAACGUCCAGGAUGUCCGUCGACUCAACAGCCAUUGACCAUGAGCACUCCUUCAUCAAGCCACCCAUGUUCCAGCAUAGGCCCCUGCAGCAGUUCUCUCCCCACUACUCUACUCAGCGCUUGGUCAGCACCUCAGGGGGAGUGCAGCCUCCAGAUCACUGGCUUGGUCAUCAAUGA